UAACCAACUGGUACGCCUUGGGGUAAAUACGUUCAGUUUUUCCUCAAUUAGAACAUAAUCUCACUCGAUAGAAGCCAUGGUACAUCAGAAUUUUAACAAUGUUGCAACGUAUUCAGUCAAACAAUAUUUAGGUCCGUUUUCACAUUCUGCUCUUGACUUUAGAUUUAAAGUGCACAAAUUGAAAGUUAGCUGUGGAACAAGAGUUAAACCAUAUUGUGUUAAAAAUGAUGAUGAUUUUCAAAUAUUAAUUAUUAUUAUUUUUGUGGUAAUCUUAAAGGUUGAACUUCGUGACCACGAUCACACAGUAGAAUGCAUAGCAUGGGCGCCAGACUCUUCAAUCAUUGCAAUAAAUGAGGGCACAGGCGUUGACAACAAAAAAGGGCAUCAUCAAGGACCAUUUUUAGCAUCUGGAUCUCGAGACAAAACAAUUCGGAUUUGGGACGUAAGUGUUGGUGUGUGUCUAUUUACUCUCAGUGGGCAUGAUAAUUGGGUAAGAGGUUUAUCAUUUCAUCCUGGAGGUAAAUAUCUAAUAUCAGCAAGCGAUGACAAAACUAUUAGAGUUUGGGACUUACGCAACAAGCGAUGUAUGAAAACACUGUACGCACAUCAGCAUUUCUGCACUUCUAUUGAUUUUCACAAGAUCCACCCAUUUGUUAUUUCGGGUAGCGUGGAUCAAACCGUAAAAGUCUGGGAGUGCCGCUAAUUUUAUUCAGAAUAUGCCACUUUUCAUCAAACCGUCAACAAUUUUCAAAGUAAAAAUAUAUAUUAACUAGAGUAUGCUUACGUAAUUCGUUACAACAUAAUAUAUGUAUUUAUUUAAUAAUGAUAAUAGUAAAACGAAAA